UCAUUUCACAUCAAGAAAUUCAAUUUUGUUUUCAGUGAGCUGUAACUAAGGGUGAUGUCCGAUCAGAGAAAGAAGUGUCACUUAAAGCAUAAAAAUAAUCAGUAGAGGCAGGACAAGAUUAGGAAACAGAUCAAUGUACACACACAAUCAAUCUGUUCUCUACACUUAAUUAGUCCUGAACUACGUGGCUUAAUAAUCAAUAGGCAGAAGAAAAUCUUGACUGAAUUAAGAAAGAACAAACAUAAACGGUGGAAAAAGUGGGCCGAGUCAUACCAAAGAUGCAAGGCAAAUCUGACGCAACAUCCAUUCAACUUUUGAGAUUAGAAAUGAAAAUUUUACUAUGGGAAAAUGUCUUCCAGUCCAGAACAUGAAAACAAAGUUCGACGUAGGAUAAUGGUUCCACGAAUCAGCCAUGAGAGCUCGAGUGGCAUUGCCAGUGAAAAAGAUUCCAAGACAGCCCCGUAUGAUUUAAAAUCCAGUCACUCAACUAAUAUGCCUGAGGAAAUUCCUCUGUCAGACUUUAGGAAUGGGAAUGAAAACCUGCAUUUAGAAGGUGCAGCCAAUAGUCUUCUGUUGGAUGAAGACUUGACUAGUGAUAUAAAAGCACCAUUGUUACCAUUGCAGGAAGAUGACCAUUCCCGUGAAGAUGAAAUUGAAAUAGAUGUAAAAACUAUAUCAGAGAGUGAUGAGAGUGCACUUAGUAUUUGUCUGCAAGUCUUCAUACCAUUUAUCAUUGCAGGGUUUGGCACGGUUGGUGCCGGUAUGGUGUUAGAUAUUGUCCAGCAUUGGAAUGUAUUCCAGCAAGUUCCUGAAGUAUUCAUUCUUGUACCAGCUUUGUUAGGUUUGAAAGGCAACCUUGAAAUGACCUUAGCAUCUCGGCUUUCUACACAGUCUAACUUAGGAAACAUGGAAACGAAGAAGGAGCAACUGAAGAUGAUUGGAGGUAACAUAGCCUUAACUCAGGCCCAAGCCAUUGUUGUUGGGUUUCUUGCCUCCUUGGUUGCUAUGAUUAUGGGAUGGAUACCUGAAGGUAAAUUUAACCCCUACCAUGCACUACUGCUGUGUGCUAGCAGCAUGCUAACUGCAUCUAUAGCUAGUUUUAUUCUAGGGUCUGUAAUGGCUGCUUUAAUACUCUUGUCCAAAAAAUGUCACAUAAAUCCUGACAAUGUCGCCACUCCAAUAGCAGCCAGUCUAGGGGAUCUUACAACACUGUCUUUAUUGUCUACUAUUAGUCAUCUUCUUUAUCAUUCAAUUGAGAGUCAAAUUUGGCUUGGUCCGUUCAUUAUAACACUUUUCAUCUUACUUACGCCAUUAUGGAUCUGGGUGUCUAGCAAAAACAAAUAUACAUGUGAAGUACUAUAUACAGGAUGGACACCAGUUAUAAGUGCUAUGGUUAUAAGUAGCAUUGGUGGUUUAAUAUUAGACUUUACUGUAUCUAACUACCAUGGUAUUGCUGUCUUUCAACCAGUCAUCAAUGGUGUUGGUGGCAACCUGGUAGCAGUCCAAGCUAGUCGUUUAUCUACAGGUUUACACAAAAUCAGUACCCCAGGACAUUUACCUUCACACUUACACAGUGGGUGUCCAAACCCUAUUAAGAGUUUUUGUGGGUCUCAUGUUGACUCAAAGUCAUCCCGGGUGAUGCUGUUCCUUGUUAUCCCAGGUCAUCUGAUCUUCAUGUACACAAUAUCAUUUAUGAUGGCUGGCCACACAACCAUAACUUUCAUCUUUGCUUCCAUUUAUCUUACCACUGCUCUCCUUCAGGUUGCCUUACUGCUCUACAUUGCCAACUGGAUGGUCAUACAUAUGUGGAAGAAUGGAAAUGAUCCAGAUAACUUUGCUAUUCCUUACUUAACAGCUAUUGGGGAUUUAACAGGGACUGCAUUCUUGGCUGUUGCCUUCCACAUCCUUUAUCUGAUUGGUGACCGUGAUGCCGAUGUUGGUAACUUGACCACAGCUACUAUGUCCGCCGAUGUAUAUUCGCCUAGGACCCUAACUAUAUGAAGAUUGUGUCGCUGCCAGAAUCACCAAAACCAUCUUGAACUGGCCUAGAAAUUUUCUGUCAUGCUAUUACCCUCUUAUGGUUGUUAUACAACGAACGCGCUUUCUCUUGAAUUAUAAUCUGGCUUACGGGAGUGUGCUGGUAACUCUGCCGUUCAAACCAAAGACAAAGAAGCUGGGGUUUUUUUCCGUGGACGAUUUUGCUAAUUUUCUUAUUGGUUAUGGUGAUCUUCAUCUCCCGACCAGUAUCUUAGAUGACAAUCAAAUCCUUUGUUUACCAUGGAUAAUAGCAAAUACUUAUUUCUUUACUACACACAAGGGGCUAAACACAGAGGGGACAAACAAGGACAGACAAACGGAUUAAGUCGAUUAUAUCGACCC